GGCUGCCCCAAUCAAUAUCAAUAGGCCAUUAACCAGGAUCCCUUUGACUAUUGCCAGGACUGUCGAUACUACUUCAACGAUUGCUUUCUGAAAAUGUAAUAAAUUGUUGUUAAUACGUUUUGUGAUAGUAUUAUCUUAAAUAGUAUUUAAAAUUACAAUAAAUACAUUUUCGUUUAAUUUACAUGAAAUAUGAAACUAUUUUAAAGCAAUUUUUGAGUAAGUGGGUUAUCUCAAACUUUUGCAUGAUCUUGUGAUGUUUAUCUGACCCAGGUUACGCAUUAUUCAUUCAUAGACCAUGGUUUGUAUAAUCGGUUGACAAGUGGACAUCAAACACUUAUUUUACGGUGUUGUCACAAACAAAGCCAAUCGCGAUUAUGGUUUACGAAAGACUAAUUGAGAAAAGUUUCUUAGACAAAGACAAUUUAUUUGCAAAAACAUGAGUUUACAUUUUUUUACAAUGUGGUGUUAAAAGAAAAAUUUAAUCCUACAUGUUUCACCGUCCACGGGUAUGCAAAUUAAAAUGGAGAGCAUGCUAUCAGCCCACAAAACAAAAUCGAAUAAAUAAAAAUAACUAAAUUAACAAAAUUUUUAUCUUAAUCUAUCAUUAAAAAAUCGUUCAAAUUAUAAUAACAUUUAUCAAUCAGCAAGGACCUGAGGUGCUUUUCAAAUAAAUUUAAAUUCUGAUCAUUAACUUGUUGUGGAAUAUUAUUAUAAAUUUUAGGUGCCAUACAUACAAUACUUUUACUGAGUAAUGCCGUUUUAGAAGGGUGUAAAUAUAGUCUAUAAUUAUCCCGAUGAUUUCUUAACACAACAUCACAAAGGCGUGGGAAUAAAUGAGCAUUACAUGUAACAAAUACCUCAAGUAUAUGUACAGUGAAGGAAGUGUUAGAAUUUUAUGUUGUUUAGAUAAUCUUUUUUUGAUGUUUACAUGUAAAAAUAGCGAAAAUUACUUAAAAAUGUACUUACGGCUGCGUAUUCGAGUAACGAAUGAUCGGAAUACUUCACAACAGGAUAGAAAUCACGAGGGAUGAUUUUAAACCUAAAAAUAAAUUAACACGAUUUAUUUUCAGGUAGGUGUAUCGAAGCGGUGGUGGUGUAAUGGUUAAGAUGCCUUCCUGUGAACCGAAAGGUGCCACAGUUUGUAAUCUGUGUUGUAUACCAAUCUGACUCAUGUACGUAGUAGUUUUCAUCGACCACCACUUGCUUCCGAAAAUAUCGAGAGGAAAUCUGCACUCUGGUUGAUUAUCGACUUGUGUGUGAAAUGGAGAAGGCAAUGGCAAACCACUUCAUUAAUAGUGCCAAGAAAGUCGUUUUGUGUGAUUCAUUCCACGUAAUGACCACGACCAUCAGCCAUGAGUACUACUAUAAAGAACUACUACUCAGUUCAGAACAGCUACUCAGUUGCUGAACAUACACUUUGGGAUUUAUUCACCGUUACAUACACAUUGUGAAGAUAACCUUAAAAAUAUGGUCAUUUCGUGAAUUUAUAGUACUAUUUGUACACUAAAAUAAAUAUAUGCUUAAAACAUAUUAUACAACUUUUAUAUAAAAGUACUUAAUUCAAAACGUAUUUAAAGUGAAAUUAUAAAACUUACUCGUAGGCAGUAGUCUCAUGUGACAGUACUACUAACGCACUGGCAAAGUAUAGGACUAAAUAGAUCAAAACACGAGACAUCUGAAAAAAAUGGUGUUAAAUGAAACAACAACUUCAAAAGCAAAUUCAUGUGCUAUUUGCGUGUUAAUUAAAGUAACAAGAUUUUUAAAUACAAAAUCAUAUGUUCAUAAUACAAUAAUUUUGUAAAGGUGGAUGAAUUUUUAUCCGAAAAAUAUUUACAAUACUUAUAAAUGUGAAGUUCUGUCUGACGCGUUUUUACGGCUAAACCGGUCUGAAUCAAUUUUGAUGAAAUGUGGAAAAGAUGUAUAAAGACCCGAGGGUAUACGCAAAUAAAUUUGAACAGUAUACAACUUAUUUCAAUUAACUAUUUUAACAUAAAUAUUAAAUUAAAAAAUUAAGAAACUCCCCACUGUGAAUUUGCCGGCAACGUCUCAUCAGUUUUUACGAUUUAUCCACUACUCCUAAACGAGCUGGAGUUCAUGUCACUCUCGAUUAAUUUGUCUUUCAAAUAAAUAAAAAAACAAUGAUCUCUGUAUGAUCUCUGUGAAGACAGGCAUACAGAUACACAGACACGUUCAACUUAUAAUUCUCCUACUGUCGUCGGGGGUUCAUAAAAAUACAUAAACAAAUUGUACCUUUAAGUUUAGAUCAGAACUAAGUAUUGUUUUGUUAAAAUGUUUGAAAUAUUCAACUGUUGGUAUACAAAUAACGGAUAAAUCAUAAAAUCUCCUCAAUAUAUACCUAUAAUUAGUUAAUAAAAGAACAACGGAAAUCAAUUAUUAUAAACGUUAUAUAUUCAGUGUUAAUUAUAAGUUGUAUGUAGGUAUCUUAUUUUACAACAACACAAGGAAACUUUAGACGCAGUGUUUAAAUUUUUCACCAGUAGUGACAAUUUUUUUUGUGGUACCUAUUCGUUUAUUGGUCAUGAAGAACGAAUAUAAAAAGACACACAUAUCCUACAACUAUAGGCAGUCAAAACAAAUAAAAUCUUCUGAUAUAUAAUUAAAUGCUAAUAUUUCGAUACUUUAUUAUAUUUUGAUUUUACAACUUUGUAUGUUGUUAAAGACAUUAUGAGUGAACAAAGAAGAUCGAAAGGAAAUGUCUAAUUGGAGGUCCGCAAAAAUCCGAUCAUUAGCAAAUUACACGCAAGUACUUAUUAAUUCCAUGAAAACUUAAAAUGGCAGUCGUUAUGUAAUAUGUGCUGAGGAUAUUUAAACGUCUGAUUUAAACAAAUCGCUUCAUUAUCAUUUAUCUUUGCAACUAAAAUUAAAAAACGGAUAAGAUGUUAAAAAUUGCAGCAAUUGCGUGUUUAUUAAUAUUAGGAGCGCAUGCUUCUCACUCCAAUGAGUUUGAUAACUUUAUAGAUUACAGAGAUGAUGUCAUUAAAGGUUUCGAAGUACCAUAUGCGUAUCACCAAGGUCCAACAGUGACAGUAAAGAAAGUGUCACCGUUACUUGAUGAUGGCCAUGGUCGUUUACUGGUCCCAGCGGGGCUUCAUCAUAAAGACGAUGCAGUGGAAGAUUCCAAUUCCAUAUUUGAUGCUUCUGUUGUUUCUACAACAUUUGGAAUUAUCAGAAAAGCAGUCUUAUACUUGUUUCACAAAAUACCAGCUCUAAUCAUCGGCACCUUAAUAGCCCUGGGAGUGUGUAAUAUCACCCCACUGUGCGGGGAGCUAUCCGCAAUGGAGUCUUUGGUUGAAAUUAGAAGAGGAAUCAGAUCACUGUCCAGUUCAAAAAGAGUGACUGAAGCAACGGAGUUUGUCCAAAAUGCUAUUAGAAAGUACAGAUCUAUGCAGGAUUCGGAAAAAAAAUAGUUAUUAGUUAAUGUAUACGUAGUUAUUUAUUGUCAUUUUAGUACUUUGUUUUGUAUAAUUUUGUUGUAUUAUUUAAUAAAUAUUUGAAUAUAGAGAUUAUAUUUUAUUUGAAACUUAAUCCAAGUUAUAAAACAUCAACAAUUAGGUACAUGUGUUAAAUUGUCCAAUAACAAGUAGAAUUUACUAUACUUAUCUUGAUAAUUUAUUACAUAAGAAGGUACUUAUAUUUAGAAAAUAAAAAAAA